AUGAGCAGAUUCUCCCUAAAAGGCCGAACAGCCCUCGUGACCGGAGGUGCUCGAGGCUGCGGUCUCGCUUUCGCCCAAGGACUUGCGGAAGCCGGAGCCGACGUAGCCAUCUUUGAUGUAAUCGCACCAGUCGAGGCAUUCUUCGCCAUCGAGAAAGACUACGGAGUGAAAACCGGCCAUUACAUCGUGGACGUGUCCAGCAUCACGAGUCUCGAGGAGGGAUUCGCAGCCUUCAAGGCCGAUUUCGGCGGCAAACUGGACAUUUGCGUCCCGUGUGCUGGCAUCAACCGGAAUGUGUCGUUCUUGGAUACCACUUUUGAGGAGUUCCAGAAGCUGUUGGGUGUUAAUGUCACGGGCGUCUAUCAUACGGCCCAGCUGGCUGCUAAGCAGAUGAUUGGGAAUGGGACCAAGAAGGGGAGCAUUGUGUUGGUGGCUAGUAUUGCGAGUUAUAUGGCGAUUCGGAGUCAAAUGAGCAGUGCAUACUGCGGCACCAAAGGAGCAGUGAGGGCCAUGGUACCAGCGAUCGCUGCGGAGUUGAACCAAUACGGAAUCCGUGUGAACUCAAUAUCCCCUGGGUAUGUACGGACUGAGAUGACAGCGCCUUUCCCGCAUCUGUUGGAGAGCUGGAAGGACGAGAUUAUGAAUGGACGGGUUGCUGAGCCGGAAGAUAUUCGAGGUGGAUGUGUGUUUUUAGCAAGUGAUGCAAGUUCUUAUAUGACGGGACAAGAUUUAUGUGUCGAUGGAGGAGUAACAAAGUGGUAG